AUGGUGGCGACCAGGAGAGGAACAUGUGUGAGUACUCCGGUGAAAAACACAAGCGAUCAGGCUGAUUCAGCAACGGAAGGUACCACCACCACCAGAAGAACGCGACGUGGAACGGUAAUAGUGACGACACAGUCCCAGGCAAAAGCCGAACACAACAGUGACUCCCAGCAUGAGGAAGCAGAAGAGCAGAACACAGCACCUGCUGAUCCAGUAAGCACACCUAAAAAGGAAACUAGUUCUAAACGACGACCAAAAGAUAAACAGUCAGACUCUACAAAUGAAGCGGAUGUGUCCGAAUCUGAAUCCUGCUGCUCUGUGGCAUCAGAUGUCCUGGCAGUACAGCCGACAUCUCAGAACAGGAGGAGAGCAGUCCAGAGGACGUCCACUGUUGUGGUGGUACAAGAAGAGACAUCUACAUCCGAAUUAUGUUCCUCACCAAACGUUAAAACGCUACGCAGAUCCACAAGAGGCCAAAAGACCCCUGGUUCUGUCCCUGUAGGGUCUGCCACCUCACACGAUGAGGAUCAUUCUGAUGCUGAGUCCUACAGCUCUGUAGCAUCUCUGUCCAAAGUUUUAGAAACACGGAGGAUUACAAGGGCCCGCAGGAAGACUGCUGUUUACACUGAAGAUGCAGGUCACUCUGAGGCUGAUUCUUGCUCGUCUGUCGUGUCUGGCCCUUUAGACACCACUGCCCGUAUGUCCACACGUAAUAGAGCCAAGUCCACUGAGCCAUUGUCCAUCAAUUUAGAGCAGAGCGAAACUACAGAUCCACCAUCUAUGGCCAGCAGAACACGAAAGAGUCUUGCCAAAGCUAAGUUUGUUAAUGAAGACCAAGCCUAUGAUUCUGACGGAUGUAAAUCAGGUCCUAGCUCGAGUCCUUGGAGAACCACACGCAGUGGGGUUCAUUUUGGUGAUCCUGAUUCAGAAUCACUUUCAACUGCAUUUAUGUCUCAUGAUAGUCGUAGUUCCAGUAAAGGCAAAGCGACACCUUCUAGAACAAGAAGCACAGUACACGUCAUGCUAGAUGUGCUAAAUAUAUCUAAAGUGGGCUCUAACAAGAAGGAGUGUGAGGCUGAGAAAGCUCAGACUAAAUCUACAGCAAAUGUGCCAUGUCAGUCUGAUGGGGAAGAUAUGGAGAAGAUUGAGGAGGAAGAGACUGAUAAAACGCUCACCGGUGCAGAUCUAGAAUGUACCAUUUCUGAACACGUUAAAGCUGAUAUUACUCUUACUUUUGAUAAGGAUGAAGUUAUUAGCAGUUCCUCAGCAAACGUGGUCAAAUGUGAGAACAAACAAGGUGUCCAUUCAGAAAAUACUGAUGAUGAAACUGUGGAAACUAUAGAGGACUGUAUUGCAAAGGAAAAUCAGGCUGUGCAAGAACCCAAUGCCAUUGAGAAGCAAUCAGGCACCACGCCAACUAAAGCCAAAAAAAGUGUCGCAGAUGAAAAGACAGUUGAACAGAAGUUGGUGGGUGAUUCUGGAGCUUUAGUAGACCACGGACCUUCAGAACCCGCUACAAUGAGUGUAGUGGAGAACACAGAUACAGCACAAACUUCAUCCAUGUCAAAACCAGAAGUGCCUACUGAAAACAAGUCUAAGAAAGAAGUGCUCAGUUUACUGGACAGCAGUGAUGAUGAGGAGAGUGAUGCUGGACUUUCAGAUGAGGAGAGAUGUGAAGAUGAUGGUAGGGACCUUGAAAGUGAGGAAGAAAUGUGCACAGAUGACCAUCAGCCAAGUCCCUCAAUGGCUUCAGACUUACGCGCCAGUAAUGGACUGUUUGUUAUUGACACACGCCCUGGACUUCAGUCGAGUGAGAAGUACUACAUAGAUACCACACAGCAAGAAAAACAUGAUGCCGUUGGCGACUCUAAAGCCACCGUGGAGGAGGAUGAAGAGUUUGUUGAUGAGGAAGGAGAUGAUGAUGAAGAUGAGGACUCAAAAGUUCUCUUCACAACAAGAAAGCCGGCAAUGACGACGUUAUCCAGUUCAAUAGAUCCUGGUUUGAAAAUGAAGGAGCUUGGUGGGUUAUAUAUAAGUUUUGAUGGCACCAAACCAAAGUCUGUCUCUGAUAACCUAAAGAAAUUGAAGGAGCAGAAGAACCAAGAUGAGGUGCUGAAAAAGAGUGUGAUUGGUGCAGACUUUGAAAAGAAAGAUGCUGUGCCACCAUACAAGGAAUCAAAACAUAUUGCGAAAAUGAAGCGCAGGGAGGAGAGAGCUAAGACCACAGGAGAAGGCUGGUUUAACAUGAAAGCGCCUGAACUAACAGAGGAACUAAAGAAUGACCUCAGGGUCCUAAAGAUGCGUUCAGCCAUGGACCCAAAGCGCUUUUACAAGAAGAAUGAUCGAGAAGGCUUUCCCAAAUACUUUCAGGUUGGAACAGUGGUUGAUAAUCCAGUUGACUUCUACCAUUCCCGGAUUCCUAAAAAACAGAGGAAGAGGACUAUGGUAGAGGAAUUGCUGGCUGAUGCAGAGUUCAGAAGCUUUAACAAGAGGAAGUACCAAGAGAUCAUGUCAGAAAAAGCAAAAGAGGCUGCUGGAAAGAUGAAUCAAAAGAAAAAAUUUCAUAAAAAUAAAUGAUGUAAGAUAUAACCAUUUUAUUCUGUACAAAUAUCAGAAAGAUGGUUUUAGAUCACAGUGAUGCAUUUUAAUAUGAAUUAUGUUUUUUUUUUUUUUCUCAAAAUGUAAGACUAAAAAUGAUUUUCCUCAGUAUCUUCAUGUCUGAUUUUUGUUUUUCUUGACUAAAGAAACAUGACUUCUGUGACACCAGUCUGCAAGGAUCCAGAGCAUAAGAGUUUAUCACUCACAAACUGCUCUUCAAUAAAUCAUGUAAACCAGC